AAGCUCAAAAUCUAAUCUAAUCGUACCAUCGUUCUGUCUGGAGUGAUCAACUUUUACCAAAAUCAAUCGAGUGUUUGUUAUUUUGGCCAUUGUUUUCCGGUUACGUCGUCGUCGUCGUAUCAUUAGCGAUGAAAGUGUCAUCGAUAUUUAUUUAUCCAAAAUUGUGUAAAUAAAAAUCUCUUUCGCCAAACUCCUGACUCGAGUGUUUGACCAAAUCAUUGACUCGUUCGUUCAAAUACCUCUCGAUGCAGAUUUCGUCGAACUUUUAUAUGACCUGUAUUUGUUGUCCGAGUGCAAUUUACGUUACAAACAAAACAUUACCCAGUUCUGUGAUAAAAUCAGGUAUAAUGUAGAGAAUAUGCUUUAUUAGUCGUUAUGUGUUCAUUUUUGGUCCGGUAGUGUGAGUAUGGAUUAAGUAUGAAUCCUAUGUUCACGUCUUAUUCCAUUAAAACACAGAGCCCUAGAACGCAGAAUGUCGACGAUAUUACUCAUGUCCUCAGUAAUAAUUUGGCUGCGAUUAAUUUAAAUGUUAAUAUUCAACAAUCUCCUAAAAAAGAAAUCGCAAACAUUCCUCAUUUUUGUGAAAAUACCAAUAGCGUUGUGACUUAUAUUAAUGAUUGUGUUAUAAAUAACGGAGAUUUAGCACCCAUUUACUAUCCCGCUGCUGACUGCACAAAUGUGGGCGCUGUGUUAAAUGGAGGUGAAGAUAAGCCAAACGCCAAGAUGUUAGGUUCUAACAAGAAUGCAUCUUUAUUCCAAAAUGCUUCACUAGUGCAAGAAUUCAUUCCAAGAAAUAAAAUUAAUAAUGCUCACAAAGAACCAGUUUCCAAACUUACAGAUACUAAUUUAUUAGACGCGAAUAACAAGAAACACGGUUCUGUUUCUACAUUCCAGGACUUAUCAGUGGCAUCUGUUCCCGAAUUUAUUCCACGAGGAGCGUACACGAAAAGUAUUAGCGAUCCAGUUGUAUCUGAUACUCCUUUACCUGAUUCGCCAACCUUGAAUGACGAAUUAAUCAACGCAUAUGCUGACCAAAGUCUCGAAGAUGAUCCAUCCGCAGCUAGUAUUACCACCUAUCAAGAGAACGUCAACGGCACCGUGUACUUUUACACUGCACCUUUAACCAGUAGUAACACAAGCCCAGUCGAUGGUCUUUCAACCUCACCUACUCUGAAAGCCGAUCCUGCUGUUGAUCCUAUGAUUAACGCGUCCACAGUUGUAGCGAACGGUGUUGCACCUCUAGCGAUGGCUCACCAACCCAUCAUUUCCGAUCCGGCCUCGUCCGUUUAUUAUAUUCAAGACGGUCUAGCUCCCGAAUUGAUCAUGUUACAAUCGACUAAUAAUUUAUAUCCGCCUAUACCCGAAAAAGUUGGCGAAAAUUAUUGUAACAUCGAACCACUGGAACCGUUACCAGCGGUACCAUCGGGUGUUUUGAGCGGAUAUAUCACAUCGACUUAUAAAGCAACUCACGUUAAAACCGGUGUUAAUUAUUUCAUGAGAAGAAUUCACGGUGUUUCGUUGCCCAGUACGAAAUGCAACGCAUUGGUCAAUAAUUGGAAAAAACUUAGUCAUACGAAUUUAGUGCAUUUAAGAGAGAUGAUUGUCACUCGUGAUUUUGGAGAUAAUUCCAUCGUUUUCGUCUACGAUUACUACGCCGACUCCGAAACGCUUCUAGCUAGACAUUUCUCGUCUCAAAACGAAGGCCUGAACGACACUUUCAGUUCCGAUCCGAACGCACCACGUCCAUAUAGUCACACGAAAAACGCUUUAUUACGCCAACAGCACAGUAGUACUAUGUUGCCGGAGAGUAUUCUAUGGAGUUACGCGAUCCAGUUGACGGGCGCCUUGAGAGUUAUUCACGCAGCUGGUCUGUCAUGCCGGUGUCUCGAUGCUAGCAAAGUGAUUAUAACUAAUCGUAAUAGAGUUCGAUUGAGCGGAGUUUGCGUAUUCGAUGUCAUUCUUUACGAUCACUCUCCAGCCAAUCGUUUACAGCUGACUUCGCAUUUCCAGCAAGAAGAUCUGUCAGAAUUGGGUAAACUUUUACUCGCCUUGGCCUGCGGUUCUUUGAUCGCUAUUCAAAAAGAAAACUUGCAAACGUCAUUGGAAGUUAUGUCCCGCACAUACUCGAAUGAUAUUCGCAAUCUUAUAGCGUACCUAUUGCAUAGCAACCAACGACGAAGCAUUCUCGAACUCAUGCCCAUGAUCGGCGCUCGAUUUUAUUCGCAAAUCGAUGCGAUGCAAUUACAAUGCGAUAUUCUGGAUACUGAAAUUCGCAAAGAAAACGACUACGCCAAAUUAUUAAAAUUGGUCAUCAAAUUGGCCUGCGUCAAUGAAUGGCCCGACGUUAACUUGGAACAACCCUGGGCCGAAACAGGCGACAGAUACAUGCUAACUUUAUUCCGCGAUUAUCUCUAUCAUCAAAUGUCCGAAGAUCGAAGACCGUGGAUCGAUAUCAAUCAAAUUAUACAUUCCUUGAAUAAAUUAUUAGACGGGUCGUCGGAAAAGAUAUGCUUAGUGCCUCGUAACGAAGAAACAGUGCUGGUUAUGUCGUACGAUGAAAUGAAACAAUGUUUCGAAAGAUCAUUCAGCGAAUUAUCCGAAAUGGCCGCCUAUGUAACGGAGGAUUCGACGGAAAAAGGACAAAAUGCGCAAGAUACUUAAUCGAUUAUCUCUUCUCUUUUUUUUCUCUUUUGAAAUUUUUUGUUCUCUGUCUGUCUCUCUCUCUCUUUUUCUGUCUCUCUUUCUACAUAUUUAUUUUUUUUUCAAACGGAUUAUUCAAAAAGAAAAAAUUCACAGAAAAAAAACAUAUCAAGUAUAGAUUUUGUUAUUGUUUUAAAUCUUACGGCUUUUUAAUUUCGUUUUAAUCAAAUUCUUAUUUGAAUGUUGUUGAAUUUUACGAAUUUUUUUCUUUUUUUUAACGUAGUUUUUAAUGUGUCGAAGUUCGUUUUACCCAAAUAUCGAUCGUUGAUCGAAAAACACAUCACGUUAUUUUAAAAUGUGACUAAACGCAGUCUUGGAAAAAUUAUUUAAGUUAGAGCAUUUCAAGCUUUGACGUAUUUUUCGCUUAGAAGCAUAUUAUUUUUCUUCCCGUGUUUUAUCGUAAUAUCUACGUAUUUACGAUCGUUAAUAAGUGAUUUCAGGAACACGUAUUCACCGGUUUUUGUUUCCAACACACAAGCACGUGCGCUCGCUAGCGCGCAGAUAACAAAAUGAAUUUUUACUCUGUGAUUAACGUGUAUAAAUAAUCGUGUAACAUAAUAUUAUGGUCAGAUCGCUGGACUGUACGCGAUAAAUCGCAUUGGCCUAAUUUUGCUAAAAGAGAAGAUUUUCUGGACGACGUGGAACUGUGAUAUCGCCUCCGUUCAUAAUCCGUACGUACGUAUUUUGCGUGAAUAAUUGUCGAUGGUUGUGAGUACAUUAUGAAAAAGAAGCAAGAAAACUUGAAGAAAAGCUCCAUUGUGGGGGCUUUUAUUGCGUGUUUUAAUGUUGUACUAUAAUCAGUAUUCUUCGCGAAGGUUCGCGCCGUUGUUGAUGAUUUGUUUAAGUAUGGAAAAGCACCGGUUUUAAAUGGAUAAGUGUAUAAUUGUAGUUGGGUACUUAAGAGGCGGCCAUUUUUUCCCUCAACAUAUCAUCGCAGUAUGUCCGACGUGUGGGUGUGUGUAUGGUAUACUCGUUCGUAUUUUCCACUACAUCGAAUACAGUCCAUUUUUCAAAUAGCUCGUCUUCCACAGAAUGUAUCCAGAUGUUUUAGUAGUGUUGUAUACUUUUAAUUUUGUUAUUUUGGCAUUUAGAUGUACAAAGAGUAAAGCCGGUAUCGUGUAAAUAUUUUUUACGUAAGCCCCUUCCUCCUCAUCCUCAUCCUUCUCUUCUACUCCCCUCUCUCCGAUCCUCCAUCGUAUACGAGAUACGAAUUAGACGUUACUGUACCGGUCACUGUUGUAGGUGUGCUGACCUCCGAUAUUAUGAACGAGGGUUUUCGUCGUAUCUUCUAUCCAAUCCAAUCACCUCUAUUUUGAUGAUGGUCUCGCCGAACAAAUCACUAGAGUGUGAAUUUUACUUUAAUCUUAUUUAUUUUUCCUCUUUCCUUUUCUUUUUGUUUUUUUUUUUUUUUAUUAUUUAAUUUAAAUUACUUACAUCAGUUUUACUUUUUUUUUUUUGUUUUUUUUCCUAUUUAUGAUCAAUGAAGUUUUGGUUUAUUAUUUACCGCCGCCGCACCCGACGGUGUAUGUUGAUGAUUUGUUUUCAACGGAUACCCCUCCUUCCCCUUCUCUCUUAUAUUUUCCCAUCUCCGAGGUAUCUGGAAUACGUUACUUCUUCUAUACGAGUCCUAUUUUAUCUCUUUUUCGAAUAAUUACAAAAAAUUGCAACGAUGUUUGAGCAUAAACAGUAUUUAAAAAUUGUAUUGUUUUUCAACAAGUUACUAAUAGCGGUUAAUGUUUUUUUUUUACGAUAUUUCGAUUGGUAAUUUAAAACCAAGACUGAGAAAUUUAUUUUAAGUUAUUGUGAAAAAAUUUCUUUAAAAAAAUUAUAUAAAUGUUUUCAAAAUA